AUGCUUCACAACUCCAGCCACAGGGAGGACAUGGCCCAUAUAGAGAAGAUCCUGAUGGGGCAGGACAGGGAAGGGGUGUGGGUGGGGGCAGGGGGAGCCCUGACCCCCAAUACCUCUUCCCCAUUCCCCCCUGAGCCUCCAGGGGCCUCAAGCAGCAUCAUCCCAGUCUAUUGUGCCCUCCUGGCUGCUGUGGUCCUGGGUCUGCUGGCCUACGUGGCUUUCAAGUGCUGGCGUUCACAUAAGCAAAGACAGCAGUUGGCUAAGGCUCGGACUGCAGAGCUGGGGGCCCUUGACAGGGACCAGGUGCGUGAGGACAGCAGUAUCUUCCUGGACUCUCCAAGUGGCCUGGAACCCUGCAUCCUGAGCCACGGGUCAAAUCCUGAGCUUGGCUGCCGACUUUACCUUCAUCUCCCUCGGCAGCAGCAAGAGGAAGUGGAGCGGCUCCUGGAGGUGCAGGGUGAACCCGAUAAGGGUUGGCAGGGCCUGGCUGGCCGUCUGGGCUAUAGGGCUGAGGCUGUGGAGACCCUGGCCCAGGGCCAAGCUCCAGCCUACACUCUACUGAGGGACUGGGCUAUCCGGGAAGGCAACAGAGCCACCAUCCAAGUACUAGAGGAUGCCCUGGCUGCCAUGGACCGUGAAGAUGUGGCCCAGGUCCUGAGCCCCCUGGCUGAGGGCUGUCCUGUGGUAUGA